UUCCCAGGCAGGGGAUCUGCUGCAGCCUGGCCCAUGGGAAGUUUCCCUUUACCCUCGCACCUGUGUUCCCCCGCAGGUGGCUUUAAAAAGGAUCGGUUACAGCCUGCUCAGCCUAGCCUAAGGCGUGAGGUGAACAAUCAUGAUGACGAUGGAAAUGAGCUACAGACGACACCAGAGUUCAGAGCACAUGUUGCGAAGAAACUGGGAGCAAUGCUAGACAGUUUCAUCACUGUCUUGAAGGACUCAUCAGGACCUUCACAAACUUUUGUGCAACAGUCUGACUCUGCAGAUGAUGGUUUUCGCCUCUUCUCUUCCUCUGUCCCAGGAGACUCUGGGAAGUUGGAGCCUUGCCUUGCAGCAAGGAGGAGACAGCCAUCUAGCUCCAGUGACACGGACAGUGACCAGGAGUGGCAAAAGUACCAGGAGGCUGCUGUGUCAGCUGCAGACAUUCUGAAGCAAAGUGCUUUUCCUGCACUGUCCCAGGAUUCCAGCCAGGAUCAGAGUCAGGGUUAUGUGGAGCACAGCCAGAAAAAAAAGAAGAAAAAGAAAAUUAGGGGAGAGAACAAUAUUGAAGAGAAUAUAAUAGACCCAGCAGAGCGUGACCAGAGCAGCAAAGAUUUGCCACAGUUGGUGUCUGCAAAUGGAGAGCAUGAGAGACAGGACAGCAGUCAUACAGAGAACUCAAUGUUGCCAGGAGUUGUGAAGAAGAAAAAGAAAAAGAAAAAAAGAGAAUGAAAAUUUUGCUCUGCAAACGGCAGAUGGCGUCUGCACCCAGACUACCAGGUCCCCUCACUGCAGUGAUGGAUACAGAAGACUCUCAUCAUGUGGCCAAAAAGAAGUAACAAUUUAGAGUUAAUGUAAAAACAUUUAAUGUAAGAAACUUUCAUGUGAACAUUAAUGUAAAAAGACAUCUUUAGUUUCUAAAGAUCACCCCCCCCAAUAUUCUUUAACUCUUUAUUGAGAGUAUUUAAAGAAUGGUGAGCUUUUUUGGCAUUGAUCUAUCAAUGUUUUGAUACAAUUUCCAUGUAUUUUAUUUUUUUAUUACAGUUUUCCUAAUUUUCCACACACCCUUGGGUAGACAUGCCAACAAUACUGGCUGGUAAAAGUAAGUGUCAGUUGUAAUUACAGUAUCCAACUAUGACAUAUAGUUUCUGCAUGAUAUGUCCUUAGAAUUCAAGGACUUAGCAGAGAGAGACACAGAUUGUGGGCCUCCUGCAAUAUGUGACAGAGUAACUGUGUUACUUAUUUCUGUCUAUCUUCAGCAUUGUGAUUUCUUUUACCUAAACCAAGAUGGAAAACAUUACCGUUGUUCUUGUUUAAAAGAUUGUCCAAUCUAUGUUCUGUGAAGCGUACAUACCUGUUGAAUGCUUGAGGGGGGAAUGGGGAUACAGACCACUAAGUUUAGACAAAGAACAGCAAUAUUUGUCAAGGGAAACUGUAAAGAACACGGCAACAAAUUAUCUAUCUACAAUGUGUGGUUUCAAGGAUUCCUUAUGUACCCAGAAGUUCUGUUGCUUCUGGCUGCCUUGAAGACCUUCAGCUGCAGAGGCUUUUAAAGCAGCCUGUCUUGAAACCAGUGAACUUUGAAAUCUAUAAAACCGGAAAUGAGCAUCUGUUUAUAUGUUAGGACGUCACUGAACGCUACAACUCAAUGCCGUGUGGAGAAUCCUUAGCUGAUUAUGGAAACUUUUCAAAUACUGAGGAGGAGGUAAAUAUUCUCUGUCACUUUAUCCUGAAGGGCUUUUUCCCUUGGUCUAUUAAAUUGUCCAUUUUAAACUACAGGAGCCUGGACAAUUCACAAAGCGAGAAGUAAACUUCUACAUUGUCAACUUUACAUUCACUGUAACCUGCCAGACUGUGUUAGUAAAUGGUUCAGCAUUCCAUUAAAUAUUUCAGAUUCUUCAAUGCAGGAAAACCAGCAAGCUUCUCAGUGUUUCUUAAAUGUUAUAAAUUGGCAGCAGUCAGACUGAACAUUUGGAAAGCAGAAAGGAGACUCCCUAUUUUAUACCCUGGCACUAAGGAUUGCAAUGUAUUUCUCAGACUAUUACAAGUGCCACAACAUGUAGCUGUGAGGUAAUAUGAAUAGCAGAGAUCAAGGGUGGAAGCUGCAAAGAUUAACCAGAUAGAUUAUAGUUCUAGUAGUAGAGCAAGAGCUAAAUUGUAGAGUGCCAUAAUCCAGACAACAUUCUCCUGUAGCUGAAUUGUACUCGGGGAUUUUGCCUUGAGGGUGAAUAUUUGAAAGAAAAGGUCUUGGUUGUGCUAUGCCCAUUUUCAUCUACUACCAGUGCUUAGUAUAUGUUGAUUUCCUUAAUUGCAACAAUUUGCUGGGCCAUGACUUGAUUCUCAAGUCACCCUGACUAAUGCGAUCUUUGUAGUUGUGAUAGGGGAAACUUGAAGCUUGAAGACACUGAGUGAAACCUGCUUGUUUUUCUCACGUUUGCAGAAUCUGGUUUUGUUUUUUUUUUUUUCCUGCAGAAUUGCUUGGUUUUCUGUAGGCCUAACUAAUAUGGUGGCUGAGACCCCUCAAAUUCAGUGCUUCAUGGACAAGAUGUAAGCAGCUUUACAAUGUUAAACCGGUCAGCUUAAUAGCAGGCUCAGGAACAAUGUUACAUUAACAAAUCAAUUUGAAUGCAGAUUGGAGAAAUAAAUUAACUAGUAAUCACAA